CCCUAGAGAGUUAUUUCUGUCUCUCGGCAUCGCGUAGCUCGGGCGUCCCGACCACCCCCGCGUCGCUCCGUCCAAUACUGUUCCGUGGCGUUCGCUGGCGAGAGACUUGCCGUUGUCGACAACAUGAUGUACAUGGGAUAUCCUGAAAGCGGGAGCCACCAGGCCGACAAAGUCUUUGGGGACCAGAUGCAGGCGCUGCGCCCCAAGACGUUGAAACCCGAGACCGAAGACGCGCUGGUCCAACUCACACGGAAACGCAGCACGGAGCUCGUGCGCAUGCACACGACCGACAAAAGUGCGUGCCGCGUCACGUUUGUCAAGGAAAAGCGCGGCGUGAGCGUGUUUGAAGGGACGAACCCGAAGAACCAGUUCAUGGUCAAAGGCGAAACGACGGUGCGGGCGUCGGUGGAGGACAUCCUCGACCGAUUCCGCAUGGGCAGCACGGGCGACUUUGACGAGAUGGUGCACAACCUCUUUGACUUGUACGCGUACAAGGGCGCGACGCUCGCGUUUGUGACGAACCAGCCCAUUUCGGUGCACUGGAUGGCCUUGAACACAGACAAGAUGGAAACAAGGGACAUCGUGUUUGCGUCGUACGCGCAGCUGUACGAGCAGACGGCGACCGGCAGCCUUGUCACGACGAGCGACCACAGUGACGGCGUUGUCGCUGCCGGGUCCCUCGUGUGGGAAUCGGUCAACAUGGCGCGGGAGAUUCCGCUUCUGCGCCAAAAGCUCACGGGGUGCACGAGGUACUUCAUGCGCAACUGCGGGUUCUACGUCGAGCAGACCAACGACACGGACGUCAGCCGUGUGUCGUUUGUUCUCACGCUCGAGAACGAGACCGGGUACGUCCGCGGCUCCAAGUGGAUGCACAGGCUGGCGAUGUGCGUCGCCAACCUCGCGCGCAACCUUCGCACGAUCGAGCUUGUCCCCAAGCCUCUCUGGAAAGAAACCGAGCACUGCAUCCUGUGUCGAAAAACAUUUCGGACGUUUCGCCGGCGCCACCACUGCCGACUCUGCGGGAACUCGGUGUGCAACGACUGCUCCAAGUCGUUGCCGCUGGAUGGCCGACCGGUCGUGGACCAAGGACACGUCGUCCACGUGUCGGCCGUGCGCAGCUGCACCCGGUGCUUUGACGCGGCAAGCAUGUCCAGCGGCAGCGCCAUGAUGUGCCAGCGCAGCUCGUCCGAGUACAGCGUGAGCAACUCGAGUCGCAACAUGAGUUUUGAUGACGCCAAGAACAUCGCGUCGAUGCGAUCGAAUGGCACAACAUCGAUCACCAAGAGCUUUGACCACUCGCACCGGUCCGACAGCAGCGCGACCCUGCACGGCGACACGGCGUCGGCAUCCUACUUGUCUCACUCGUUAUCGCCCGAGCAACUGCACUCGAUGGAUAAGCUCAUGAACGCCACAACGUUGAGUGCUUUAACCCCGGCUGUUGCGACGCAGCCCAACCCAACGGUCGCAGAGCCGGCGUUUUUCGUCCUUGCACACAAGCCCUACUCGGCGAGCGAAGCCCGCGACAACGACGAUCUUCUCAACCGCCUGAGCUACAUUACAUUGGACGACCAGUCGUCGUCGUCCGUCGUGUACGAUGCCGACGGCGCGAACGGGUACGAUAUUAGCGCGACCGAGAUCAAGCGGCAGCCGAGAGUCCCGCCAUCGUUGCAUGAUCCGGACCCCGAGUCGUGGAUGCAAUUCAAGGUAUUUGGCGAUGCUGCGACGGCGGGGUGUUCCAAACGCACCGUGAGCCCCACGUCGUCGACCACGGGAGUCCCGAAGACGUUGUCCAUGCGGGGUGACAUGAUCCUCCUCGAGUAGUAGUAGGUCGUACGACGUCGCCAAUACAGUUGAUGUAGCGCAUUCGUGUGUCAUCGAACA